AUGAAUGAUGUCGUGGAAAGGAGACAGAUCCAUUGUUUCAAGGUGGUUGACUCAGUCUUUGAAGCUCGUACUGGAAUAAAACUGAAUUUAGACAAGAGUACAAUGGUUAGUAUAGGAGCUGAUGAGGUUGUUGAUGUGUUGGCUAAAGAGUUGGGUUAUAGAACUGAGAGAUUGCCAAUAAAAUAUCUGGAAUUACCUAUUGGUGCUAGUUUUUGGUGUACUUCAAUUUGGGAAACUAUUCUUGGGAAAAUGGAGAUGAAGUUGGCUUCAUGGAAAAAGAAAUAUCUUAAUAAAGCUGGGAGAUUGAUUGAUAUCAAAAGAUUCUUAGUUAGUUUGCAUGUUUACUUCCUUUCUCUUUUUUAA